AAGAUCAGUUGCCUAUCUGUACCUUCCUCCUAUACGCACUCUUAGCUUGAUAUCAUCGGGGGAUAAGAUGUAAAUUUUUUUGUUUCGUUUUUUUAACAUUUGCUUUGUAAUAAGCAGUGUUAAAGGUUCGUCUAGGUAUAUUGUAAAUGAUUUGACACAUUAACUGCAUCCAGGCAGCCUAAUGAUGGGGAUUGCAGUUCUUCUUUUACAUGGAAUAUUCAUAUUUCUCUAGUGCUUACUCUCAUUGAUGUAGCAAUUACGGGGUUUUCAUCUGCAGAGAACCCGUUGGCGCCGUUGCAUUUUUACUCGCCAAGCUCGCGGUUCAUCAACGAUGAGCCGAGCCUUUGGACCGAUUUAAAUGAGCACAGAACUUUAAUCUGUAGCGGAACCAGGAAAACCUUUCUUUAAGUGAGUGUAUUCAUCUUGCUUACUCUAGAGAGUGGCAGCAUUGUCUACUGACCUUACGUUUAUUUCUGCAUACAGGAAUAUGAGUCAUCUACUUAGACCACCUUCAUUCUGCAGUGCAGGAGAGCUAUUAUAUUUGAAUGAAGAAUUAAAAGACCUUUAUGUAGUUGUCCAGACAGAUGCAUCCAGAUGGCAGUUUCCAGCACAUGCUUUAGUACUGUCUGCUGAAAGUAGUGUCUUUCGAGAACUUCUGGAAGGUGAAACAUCUGAGGAUAGAAUAAGGGAAAUAGUAAUUGACAAUAUUACUCCUUCUACUAUGGAGCAGUUAUUAAGAUAUUUGUAUUGUGGAAAAUUAGAGGUGGAAACUUGGAGCGAAGGUAUAGAUUUACUUCAGGCAGCUUUUAAAUACAAAGUUGAAGGUCUUGUUCAAAAAUGUGGUAGAUUUUUAGAAGAUGUUGUAUCUCUUUCAAAUGUUUGCUAUAUUUAUGAUAAAGCAUCAGCCUUUUCUCUUCCAGUUUUGCAAGACAAAUGUCUUAGACUCAUUUUAGAUGCAGGAUUUAUAGUAUUGAGAAGUAGUGCUUUUAAAACAUUGAGUAAAGAUUGUGUUAUAGAUAUAGUUGCCAGCUCAGAUUUGAAUAUAGACAGUGAACUAGUUGUUUUUGAAACUCUUUUGAGGUGGGCUCAGCUUGAAUGUUGCCGCAGUGGACAAGCAGUUACUGAAGCUAACAUAUUGCAAGAACUGAAACCAUUUCUUCAGCAUGUCUGUGUUGAUGAUAUGUCUGAUGCAGAUAAAAGUGCUCUUCCACCUUCAGUGCUUUCAUGUGUCAAGCCAAAUAACAGAAACCGAAUAGGUUUUUCAGUUCAGGAAUCAUUAUUAUUGUAUUCACAACGUUUAGAAUUUGAAGCGCAUCAAACUUAUUAUAAGUUUGUUGGAGAUAACCUCAGCUGUCUUCGUUUUUCUGUGGAUGCUCCAAUUUAUUUAAUAGGCUUACGUUUUACUUUACUUACUAGUGAUAUUCCAUUCCAAUUACCAUUAACACUAGUAAAAGAAAAUACUCCAAAAAUGACUAUGUUUAGUAAUUUAACACCUGCAAUAUGGGUGCAGAGUUUGCUUAUAAAUCAGAGAAUAUGGCAUGAAACUGAAGUUUUAUUACGGCAGCCAGUACUCCUAAAAGCUGGUGAUGUACAUAAUUUGUAUCUGACCAAUGUUAGUGCUGAUACGCAGUGUCCCAAAAUGAUACUAACAACUCGUAUAUUACGCACAGCAUGUGGGAAUGUAAAUUUUUCUAUUCAUGGGGAAGAAAUGUAUGGUAUAACAUGUCUCAUAAUGAUAUAAAAUUAGAGACUGAUGAUAGAGUAAAAU